AUGUCGUCGACGCGAAAAAACGCUAGUGCUUUGUGGUCGCAUUAUGACAAAGACGAGGUGAAUAAAAAAGCUAAGUGUCGUUUGUGCCAAGAAAACUUAAGUUACAAAUCUACAACAACGAAUCUGAGAAAUCAUCUAAAACGAAAACAUAUUGGCACAUAUUCCUCAUUAGUUGAGGAAGAAAAUCCCGAAACUCGCGGUCACGCCGAAGAUGUGCCUGCCGACCAAUCACAACCUUCGACCUCCAGAGCUGCCCAAACUCAGAUUUUAGUUCCUCCUCCAGCAAAAAAGGCUCAAAAAAUUGAUUUCUUUAUGCAUAAAAAAAUAAGCGCAGACCAGAAAAAAAAAAUUGACCAAGACUUGUUGGAUUUAUGUGUAGACAGUUUUCAUCCGUUUUCCAUAGUAGAAGAACGAGCUUUUAUAAAAUUUUGCCGAUGGAUACCUGGCUACAAAUUACCCACAAGGAAAACUUUGUCGAAUUCCCUCCUCGACGAAGCUUACUUCAGAGCAGAAAAAGAAAUAAAGACCCAAGUAACCAGUGAGGUUCAAACAAUUUGUCUGACCACUGACCUAUGGACUUCUCGAUGCACAGAGAGCUACAUUGCGGUUACCGGCCACUACCUUACUGAAGACUUUGUUUUCAGGACGAUUUUAUUGGGAUGUUGCCAUUUCUCCGGCAGUCACACAUCUCAAAAUAUUGCAUCCGAAAUAAAUGCUCUUGUGGAUCAAUGGGGUUUACAGGGAAAAGUUAACUUUGUAGUUUCCGACAAUGGAGCGAAUGUUGUAAAGGCUAUAAAAGACGUAUUAGGCUUUAAACAUUUUGGAUGUUUUGCGCACACGUUGAACCUCAUCGUGGAUGACGCUUUAAAAUACUGCAAAGAAAAAAUUGAUAAGGUCAGAAAAAUCGUGACCCACUACAAAAAAAGUACAGUAUCGGCAGAGCGCUUGGCAAAAUACCAACUUAACCAAAACACUUCUCAACCCAAGCACCUUAUUCAAGACGUGGACACGAGGUGGAAUUCCACUUUUUAUAUGCUAAGUAGAUUUGUGGAGUUAAAAGAAGCUGUGCGUUCUACAAUAGCUCUGAUCGAUCGGGACUUGCCGCAAAUAACAGCAGAAGAUUGGAGUAUUUUCGAAGAACUUAUCGUUGUUUUGCGCCCAUUUGAAGAGCUCACAAGAUCCAUGAGUGGUGAAAAAUAUUUAACAGCGAGUUCUGUCAUUGUAAUGACGAGAUGCCUUAAAGAGGCAUUAAAUAUUACGAUCGAAAAAGCAAGCUCAGAAACUGUCAGUGAUAUUGCUCUAUUCUUGAAAGCCGGUUUAUUAGAUCGACUCAAACAUAUAGAGCAAAGCAGAACCUUGUCUAUUUGUACAUUCAUGGACCCGAGAUUCAAGAUGCAGGGAUUUGAAGAAGAAAGUGAGGCCACAAGAACUAAAGAGCAUGUAAAAAAGCUCGUGGCAGAUAUUAUAAGCAGAGAUGAGAGACAGAGAGCAGAGCUUAUUCCUGCUGAACAAAACCAAGAGCCGUGUCCGCAGCCCGAUAACGACCUAAGCCCAUGGUCAAUUUUUGACAAGUUACUUGGAAAAUCUACAAAGGGAACUCCACUGUCCCGGGCGAUCAAGGAAGUGGACAUGUAUUUGACAGAUGAGAGAUUGCCUCGCAAAAAUUCUGCCGGUAAUUGGAAUUGUCCUUUAGAGUGGUGGAGGAACCACCGUGCAGUCUACCCCAAUUCGGCUAAAUUAUAUAUACGCCAAUGUAACAUCGUAGCAACAUCCGUUCCCUGUGAACGGAUGUUUUCCAAGUCAGGAUUAAUAAUUAACCAACGUCGGACCAGAUUAACUACCAGAAAAGUACAGAAGCUUAUGUUUCUAAAUGUCAACAUGUCGGAGGAACGAUUCAAAAUUUAA